AAGAAGAACUGUAAACUGUAAACAUUUCUCAUGUUCAGUUAGCUAACAUUACCUGUCUACUUUACCAGAGAGCAUUCAAGCAAGUCUAUAUAAGUUAUUUCUGCUCUUUAUUACCGAAGCUAUCAGAUGAAGUCGUAAAAACUUAUUGACAGCAAAGAUAUUCUGUUACUGUUUAUAAAUUUAGUUGGGAGCUAGUUUAGCCCAGCUAGCUUACCGUGGGAUGAGUUAAGAGAGCGCUACGUAUAUGUUUUCCUUCAUUUUCUCACCAUGGUGCAUUCGUUGGUGAGCAUUUGUGCCAAGGAGGUGGUCAGUGACCACAGCUCGUCACCCACCUGGCUCCGCUGGGUUCCCAGAGAGCUUUACGGACCACUGCUGGAGGCCUCCUUCGCCUGCUGCAGACCAUUAGCUGUGGGAGAACUGGUGCAGCGGUGGCCGGAGCGGACCCUCCGAAUAGGAGGACGGAGUAAAGCUGGGCAGACUGCUCCUAGUCGCCUCUGCAUCCAGGCUCUGCUACUGGGUGUGGUGAGAGGACUGACGGACCGAAGGUCAGCCCUGCAGAUACUGGACAUUAGUGGCCUGCAGAAAGAUGAGGGAGGAAUAGGGGAGCCCAUGGGAGGCUGGUCUCUGACCGUCGCGCUCUGCACAAUGGUGGUCCAGGCCAAAGCUGGAGCACAGAGGGCUCAGAGGAAGGAAGGAGACCGAGAGAGGAAACGAUUUUCAGCACUCGAAAGGGAAAGAGAUUUAAAAAGAGAGAGAGGCCAGAGGAUAGAGUCAAGGGCAUUACAGGAUGAUGAGACAUGCGGGGAGAAGGCGGGGUCCAAGGGUCCGAUCAGUGAGCAGGAUCUUAUUAAAGGGGUGCGAAGGAGGAUGGAGAUGGAAAGGAAGAGAGGUAUCGUAGCGACAGGUUCAGGAGGGAGUAAACCUGAAACAGAAGAAAAAGAGGCAUGCUGUGAGGUGCUGGUGCAUGUCAGAGCUGAUCUUUUUGUAAACGCCCGAUCCUGGGAUCGUGUACGCUCAGCUCUGAGCGCUGCAGGACCCUUAAAGCUACAGUGCAGAUACCUAAGAGUGGAAGAAAUAUCAGUGUCCAGUAUCAGAACUCUGCUAAACCUGCUGCCACGCAGGGCGCUGUUGGGCAUAGACAUUCGUUACAGUUUCCUUGGAGUCGCUGGCUUGGCGGAACUGCUGCCUCUGCUGUCCACCUUCCCUGAACUGAACUCUUUGCGGCUCCAUUACUGCAACCUGGAUAUUCGUAGAGAAAGCUUUGGUCAGGAGGAAGUCCUGAGGAACCUGUCACAAGGGCUGGCAAACCUUCAAGAACUGCGACAACUCAGCCUUACUACUCUGCGUCUGCCUGGACAGCUGCGGGUGUUGCUCAGCUCACUGCCUCAGCCCUUAGAGGUUCUGGAGCUUCCCUAUUUGAGCCUUAGUCCAGCUGACCUUGCCUAUCUGUCCUGCAGCCAUCAUGCCUCCUCUCUGCUGCAGCUGGAUCUAAGCGACAACUGUCUGGAUGAAACCACCGUACCCUCUAUCCGCCGACUCCUUUCCCAGGCUUCCAGCAGCCUGCAGCACCUCUCUCUGAGCGGCUGUGGCCUCACCGAUGGUCUUCUUAGCCGCUUGUUGCCAACACUGGCAGGCUGCUGGGCCCUUAAAAGUUUGGCUUUAGCUUUGAACCCACUGUCCUUGGCGGGUCUGAUUGCCCUGGUGCAGACGGCAGCAAGAAUGCCCUGCCUUCGACAGUUACUCUACCCAAACCCUCUGGAAGACUACCAGCCUGGGUUGCCUGACCUGCCCUCUAGCGCCCAGCUGUUGGAGUGGCCUCUGGAUGAAUCCACAGACAUGAACAUGACUAGCAACCAGCUCAAUAAGGUGCUGAUGGACAGCGGACGCACUGACCUUUUCUUAACCUGUGACCUGCUCAAUUAUGAUAAAGACUUGGUGGUCUAAAGGAGGGGAAUUCAGUGCUAUCAUACAAGCAGCAAAACCCACACAAAUUUCAAAAUCAUAAUUAAACCUCAUUAAAGGGCUUUGUCCCUUUUAAUCUACAUUUUCUGUUCUUAGGGUAUCUGUUAGACUGCAUUUGUAAAAAUACCAGCCUCUCCCACCUUAAGCCCAAAAAAGUGGUGCAGUAAGGGCUGGUUAUACUCCCGCAGCAGUGUGUCGCAGUGAGGUGUCACAGAUAUUUUUGAUUUAUUCUCAAUAUUGAAGUGUGGUCUGCGCUAUGUUAUUCAAUGCAACAACGCAAGAGGGACAAUGACGAACUAGCUGUGGGUCUAGAUGUGGCUGAGUGAGGAAGUGGGGGCAAGUUAGUGUGACAACGGAGGGACAUGAGGGCGAAAAAGAGCAGAGAUCCAGGUGUCGUUUUCCACAAUGUCAUACAAACAAAACAAGCCAGUAAGGUACUGAACAGGAAAUAGGCAUAGAGUAGAACCGAUGUAGAUUUGACCAAUCAGAGGCCUCCUGUCUGCAGCACUGUCUGCAUUCACCUACAAAUUUGUAGAGGUGCAGCAGAGUGUCUUCUGAAGGGGCGGGGAUCUGCGUUAACUGCGACACACACAGACGACCUGGUUUCUGAGUAUAAACCAGCCUUUAUACAUUUAAUAAUUCAGAGGUUUUUUUUUUUAUAUAUUUCUGCACUUAAUCUUGUAUCAGAAAAAAAUGUCAAUUAUUUUGUCAAAUGUCAGUUUUAGAUGUGAGCGGUAACUAACUUUGUGACAAUAAAUAAUAUGGCACAAACUUUCCCAUGUUUGAAAAUGAAAGAAACAGGUUUUUUGUUGCAUUUGUAAAAGAAGGCAAAUGUAGCAGAAAGGUUAUUUUUUUACUUCCAUAUAUAGGCUACUAGUGAUGGGUCCGGAAACAGCAAUGCGUUGGUGCAUGCGUCGAACUCUUACAGCAAAAAUCCUGUGUCGUUGCACGCAUCGUUUCAAGAAAGUCGUGUGAUGGUUAAAGGAGCUGUUUGGAACUGACUGCCGCACUAAACUGUUUAUAAGCACAUCUGCCAAUGCAAUGCGUCUGCCAAAAAGUCUGAUCUUUUGUGGUUUAACAUCAAAUUAGUGAGAAAAUAUGGAGCAGCCUCAAGGGACAGAAAGGUUUCAGCCGAUGGGACCAUCUUGAUUGAAUUUGUUUUCAUUUUCUUCUGUCAUCCUCUCAGUAAUCGUUCAACAGUAUCUGAAUUAAAAUUGAUUUCAAAUGAACUCUUAAUUUACUGUUCUUGCUGUAGUUAUUUUAAAUUAAUGAAUACAUAAAUACAUCCUAAGCCACACAUAUCCUCUUUAGUGGUGAAGAUUCUCAGUCAUCCUGGUUAUAGUCAUUCCUAAAAAGUCCAGUGUUUUUUUUUUUAAA